ACUCCUCCACCCCCUCCUGACCAACCAAACCAAACCCUCAAGCCAUCCCGCCAGCAGUGGACCCUGCCGCGCCCUACCCACUCUACUGCAUGCCCAAGGCCAGGCUCAUUAUGUGCCACACGAGCCGCCUUUCAAGGAACACCCGUCUCCCACCCUCGUCGUAUAUAUCACACAUCCCACCUGUCUGACCGAUUGCCCCCCCUUCCCCUAGCGCCCUCCACCCCAUCACCACUACCUUUUCAAGUCUAA